CGGGCUUCCAGUGCGCACCUUCGGGCGCGCAGCGGUGGCACAGCCUGUGAAUUGUCCUCUUCCUGCACACUCUGCACAGAAACCUGCUGUUUCUGCUCAUAUUUUUCUACAACCGAUUUUCUGGUCGAGAGUCCUCAAAGAGUCCUAAUCAGCCUUGGUUUCUUUCGAAGGAGCUUUUUUUUUUUUGAGGGGAAGGAAAGGACUAAAAAGAGGCGAUUCACUUGUUUUCCGGUGGUGAGUUUGCGCCCAGCAACAGCAGAAGAAGGAGAGCCAGCGUUCAGCACCAUGGAGAGCGGCGUGGUGCACAUUUUCAAAGAGGACCGCUGUCCCUUGGGCCAGCCGGGGCAGUGCGUCCCGAACUUCACCUGGCAGCCCGGCUUGUCGGACAUCUUCAACGACACCCCGAACGGCACCUGGGACGCGGAACCUGAGCCGAUGUCACCCAUCAUCCCCAUCAUAGUCGCCGUUUACUCGGUGGUGUUUGUGGUGGGCUUGGUGGGCAACUGUUUGGUGAUGUAUGUCAUCAUCAGAUACACCAAGAUGAAAACAGCCACCAACAUCUACAUCUUCAACCUGGCGGUGGCCGACGCCCUGGUUACCACCACUAUGCCCUUCCAGAGCACUGACUACCUGCUCAGUUCCUGGCCGUUUGGCGAGGUGGCAUGCAAAGUCUUCAUCUCCAUCGACUACUACAACAUGUUCACCAGUAUCUUCACCCUGACGAUGAUGAGCGUGGAUCGCUACAUUGCUGUGUGUCACCCGGUCAAGGCUCUGGAUUUCCGUACGCCAGUGAAGGCAAAGAUCAUCAAUGUGAUCAUCUGGGUUCUGUCCUCGGCUGCUGGGAUUCCUGCCAUGGUCCUUGGCAACACCAACACCAACAACGGAACCACAGAAUGUGCUUUACAGUUCCCUGAUCCCUACACCUAUUGGGACACCCUGAUGAAGAUAUGUGUUUUCAUCUUUGCCUUUGUGGCGCCCCUCAUCAUCAUCACUGUCUGCUACACCCUGAUGGUGCUGCGGCUGAAGAGCGUGCGCCUCCUGUCUGGCUCGCGCGAGAAAGACCGCAACCUUCGACGGAUCACCCGUCUGGUUCUGGUGGUGGUUGCGGUAUUUGUGGUGUGCUGGACCCCCAUCCACAUCUUCAUCCUGGUCAAAGCGUUGUCAGCCAACGUGCCCGAGACCACCGCUGUUAUGGCUGCCUACUUCUUCUGCGUGGCGCUGGGCUACACCAACAGCAGCCUCAACCCCAUCCUUUAUGCAUUCCUGGAUGAGAACUUUAAGAGGUGCUUCAGAGACUUCUGCUGCCCUGGAGGGCGGGGUCAUGGUGACUGUCACGGGGUGAGCAGAGUGAGGAGCACGCUUCGGGAUCACACCUGCGCCACCGAAGGGAGGGGUGACGGGAGACAAGCCAGGCCCGUAUGACUAGCCAUGAACAUGUCCUCCAGGCCGUACCAGAGCUGGGAGGACUCCAUUGAUCUGUGUUUGACUCAAAUCACUACCACAAUCUGAGAAGUAGUAUCAGUAUUGAUUAAUAAAUCCCAUGAAAAGACCAAAACCAAGAGUGAUUUGACCCCACUUCAUCUCAUUUAUGAAAGCAACAUCUCUGCAUGUUUUUUUUUUUGUUUUGUUUUAUUUCCAACAGGCUAGGUAUGCAUUCGAUUUAUAUCAAAAUUCAAUAUUAUGAUCCUCCCAUGAAGUCAGAAUUUGAACUUUUGGAAGCAACCUCAACCUGCAAAUCCAACAUGUCUGAAAAUUACAGUCUAUUAAUUUGCGUUAAAAAAUCCAAUCAAACUAGCAACAAGGGACCGUAGUAUUUGAACUCUGGUAGGGAAAUUAUUACUACGUUGCUUUAAUACACAAUUACUGCAAUUUCAGACAGAGAGUAAAAAUAUAUUCCCUGAUUAUUUUAGGAAAGGCAUUAAUUGUAAGCAUUUUUUCAGCUUAUUAUCAAUAGUUCUUAAUUGGUGUUUUUGUGAUUUGGAGUACAAUAUAUUUGCCAACUCCUUUUUGACGAUACACCUUUGUGAAAUAUUCAGUAUCUCCUUAACGCUGAGAGAACUUCAAGGCUAAAACCAAUAUGAAGAUAGCAUAUAUGUAAAAUAAAAUACAUCCGCACGUGUCUAAUGAGCACAAAACUAUCUUGCUGGGUGUAAAUUUCUGCUUAGCACUUCAUCUUUAUAGCUUGGUAUUUGUGCACUUGUGAAUGUGUGAUGAAUCCUAUUAUGUGAUACUGGAGGGAUAAUUUAAAUAUCAAUAUGCAGACUUCGUUUUAACCACACACAUGGGCAGUGUUCUAGAAGGAAACUUUAAUAACCACCAACCUCUGAAUUUACACAAGCACAGUACUUUUUAGAUUGUGUACAUAAAAUAUAUUUAAUGUCACAAAGCUUGGCUUAUAUUAGCUGAAAUAUGCAUCCUGCUUUUUUAUUGCAAAAAAAUCUUCCUGAGACUUUACUGCCUUGCUUUUUUCUUGAAUACAGUAAAAUAGUGGUCAGUCUGACUGAAUUGAAUUGUGUAUGUUCUAAAGAUUAGCUUCAAAGUUAUAUUACUGAAGUAGUGCUAUUAGGAAGUUGUUAUUGUGCCUUGUUUUUGUGCCUUCAUUCUUCUAUUAAUUUUAUUUUUACUCAUAUUUAUGAUAGUAUCUUGUCAAACUAUCAGUCUUACAGUUGAUAUCCCAACUAUUUUAGUCAGUGUUGUCUCUCAUAUUAUGUUUCCUUGACAUUUUAAAACUUUAGUCAUGAACAAAAAUCUUUUAAUUUGAGCUCAGCUCUGGGAGUCAAGCAUGCAAAAAGUGCCCCUCGUGUCGCAUCUGAUAUUUCAAUGUAUAUUAGCUUUGGGUGUCAAAUGACGCUUUGUAAAUGCAGUAUUAAGUCAGAAUAAAUAAGUAAAAAAGUUGGAAAUUAGUUUUUUUCCUUUCUUUUUGGCAGUGUGGCUGUUAAAAAAACAAAAAUGCAGUUGUUAUUCACAUCCAUAUGGGUUCCAAAAAGACACAAAUCACCCAUGAAAUUAUUUCUCACCUUACCAUGACUGCUUUUUUUUUUUUCUUUUUUGCAUUACUCAAUUCAGCUCACAUACAAUGGCAGCGUUUCCAUGGUGAGAAUGCUGACUGAAAGACGGUGGCGGUCCAAGGCUUGUUUCAUUAAUUGUAAGGGACUUUGUGCUGUGGCCUUGCAGAGGAAUUUGAAAAGAGAAUAAAAACUGUCCCAAUCUGACAAAUCAAGGUUACGUUAAAUCAAAGACGCGAGAAGAAGUUAUUCUGAAGGCGUGACACCUGUGCUACACAUAAAAAGUGUACAGAGAAAUUAGUUUAAGACAGUUUUUUUUUCACGAUUGAGUCAUUAUUGCCAAAAAGCCACCCACAUUUUUUCAGUUUUUUGUAAGCCACUGAAAUUUCAAUCCAUCU